AUGAAGAAAGCUGCUUUCUUCACAUUCCUUGCAGUGUUAAGUGCGCUGUUGAUAUCCAUUUCAUUGGUACUCGCUGAUGAGAAACCUGACGUGGGCACAGUUAUCGGCAUUGAUUUGGGCACAACUUACUCGUGUGUUGGCGUACAUGUAAACGGACGAGUGGAAAUUUUGGCCAAUGACCAAGGUAACCGUAUCACUCCUUCAUACGUCGCAUUUACCGAUGACGAACGUUUGGUGGGUGAUGCGGCGAAAAACCAGGCCGCGAAUAAUCCAGAAAACACCAUUUUUGAUGCCAAACGAUUGAUCGGUCGUCGGUUUAGUGACAAAGAAGUUCAAAAUGACAUGAGGCACUUCCCAUUCAAAGUCGUUGAAAAGGAUGGUAAACCCGUUAUUCAAGUCAAGGUGAAGGGUGAGAUGAAGACUUUUACUCCCGAAGAAAUUUCGGCUAUGGUUCUCGGUAAAAUGAAAGAGAUCGCCGAAUCAUAUUUGGGAAAAAAGGUCACCCACGCCGUGGUAACGGUUCCUGCGUACUUCAAUGACGCUCAACGUCAAGCCACGAAGGAUGCUGGCAUUAUUGCUGGCCUCAAUGUCCUUCGUAUUGUAAACGAACCAACGGCUGCUGCAAUUGCAUAUGGUCUCGACAAAUCGGAUGGUGAAAAACAGAUUCUUGUCUACGAUCUCGGCGGUGGUACAUUUGAUGUCUCCCUUUUAUCCAUUGAUGAUGGUGUCUUUGAAGUAUUGGCAACUGCCGGUGACACUCAUUUGGGUGGCGAAGAUUUUGACAAUCGUGUUAUUGACCACUUUGUUAAAGUCUACAAGAAGAAGAACAAGGUCGACAUUACUAAAGAAUUAAAAACCAUGGGCAAACUCAAGCGAGAAGUUGAAAAGGCCAAACGUACAUUGUCAUCGCAAAUGUCAACUCGUAUUGAAAUCGAGUCAUUCCAUGACGGAAAAGAUUUCUCGGAAACAUUGACACGCGCCAAAUUUGAAGAACUCAACAACGACCUAUUCAGGAAGACCCUGAAGCCAGUUGAACAAGUAUUGAAGGAUGCAAACAUUGACAAAAAGGACGUACACGAUAUUGUUCUUGUUGGUGGUUCCACUCGUAUCCCAAAGGUUGUACAACUUCUCGAGGAAUUCUUCAAUGGUAAAAAAGCAUCAAAGAACAUUAACCCUGAUGAGGCAGUCGCCUAUGGAGCCGCAAUUCAAGGUGGUAUCCUUUCUGGUGAUGAGCGUGUUAAAGAUGUCCUAUUAGUCGACAUCUGCCCUCUUACUCUCGGCAUAGAAACAACCGGUGGCGUUAUGACCAAAUUGAUUCCUCGUAACACCGUAAUCCCCACAAAGAAAUCACAAAUAUUCUCUACUGCCGCCGAUAAUCAACCUACCGUAUUAAUUCAAGUGUACGAAGGCGAAAGAGCGAUGACCAAAGACAACAAUUUACUUGGGAAGUUCGAAUUGACUGGAAUCCCCCCGGCACCACGUGGCGUUCCACAAAUUGAAGUUACUUUUGAGAUUGACGCUAACGGUAUCAUGAAAGUAUCAGCAUCCGACAAGGGCACGGGUAAAUCCGAAUCAAUCACAAUCACCAAUGAUAAGGGACGUCUCAGCAAAGAGGAUAUCGAACGUAUGGUUGAAGAAGCCGAACAAUUUGCCGAGGAAGACAAGGUUCAAAAGGAACGUGUGGAAUCCAAGAAUACUCUCGAGAACUUUAUUUACUCACUUAAAGGUCAAAUCUCCGAUGAUGGUGAACUUGGAAAGAAACUUAGUUCCGAAGAUAAGGCCACCAUUAAUGACGCAGUCAAGAAAAGUCUGGAUUGGUUCGACGAAAACUCGAAUACAGCUACCAAAGAAGAUUUUGACGAGAAACGAGAAGAGCUACAAGCAGUUGUUAAUCCAAUUACCUCCAAGUUAUAUAGUGAUGCUCAACCAGAAUCGGAAGAUCAACAACCACUAAAACACGAAGAAUUAUAA